AUGAUUGUUUUGCGCUUUCGGACCAAGGAGGGCAUGUUACGGAUUGAAGCCGAUCCGGAUGGCGACUUCCUUCUCGUUCUCGAGCAAUUGGCGACUAAAAUACAUACCCUGCUGCUCCAGCUGUUAACUCUUGCCUCUUCCCCAUCAGAUCAAGGGCAUCCAGCAAAUUCCAUGUGUGGGCAAACACCUAAUCAAAUGGGAUUGACGAAUGGACAUCUCUUUUAUGCAAAAUACGAUCCCAUCGACUCAGAACCAUCAGCACCCCUGACUGUUGCCAUCAACGCUGCGGGUGCUACCGUUGAAAUCAAGGAUGCGCUCUCUUUGCCUUUGAAACCGAAGGAGUUUGACGUGGACAUCGAGCUCAGCAAAGAGGACGGCCAAAUCAAAAGGCAACGGUCCUCAAUGUGUCGGCACGGCGAUAAGGGUAUGUGUGAAUAUUGUCUGCCACUUCCUCCGUGGGACAAGGAUUACCGAGAGUCACACAACAUCAAACAUAUGCUGUUCCACGCACACUUGCGGGAGCUUAACGAGAAUACCAACAACAGAAACCAAUCUCUGUCUUACAUUGCACCAUUGACUGAACCUAACUACAAGAUUGACCUUACGUGUACCAACGGUCACCAGCCAUAUCCUAAAGGAAUUUGCAGCAAAUGUCAACCUCUGCCAAUCACUCUUUCUCAGCAAAAAUUCCGUAUGGUUGACCACGUCGAAUUCGCCAGUUUUGAUGUUCUUAAUCAAUUUAUUGAUGCCUGGAGAAGAACGGGUAUACAACGGUUUGGUGUUAUGUAUGGUCAUUACGAGAAAGCUCCCGAUGUACCGUUAGGUAUCAAGGCAGUGGUUGAAGCUAUUUACGAGCCACCGCAAGCAGGCGAGGCCGAUGGCAUCACAUUACUCGAAUGGGAGAACGAAAAGCAAGUUGACGAGUUAGCUGCUGAAUUGGGGCUCUAUCAAGUCGGGAUGACUUUCACAGACCUCACCGAUAGUGGCAGUGGAAAUGGUCUGGUGUUAUGCAAACGCCACAAAGACCUGUACUUCUUAUCAAAUUUGGAAAUCUUAAUGGCGGGGCGCAAUCAGAUACGCCAUCCCAACCCUUCCCAGUGGCUGGCCCUGGGCCAAUAUUCGAGUAAGUUUGUCACCACUGUGAUUCUGGGCGGGUUACAGGGUGAAAUUGAGCCUAAGUCGUAUAUGGUACUGGCGCUGGCGGAGGCGCUCAUCAAAGCUGACAUGAUCCUGGGUUCGACCCAGCCCUCAGAAAUAAUGGUUAACGAAACUACGCUGCGCCGCUAUGUCCCCGAUAUCUCCUUUAGCAAGAUCAACAAAUACGGACUUGAAGUGAAAACGAACGCAAAGCCUACAUUCCCGGUGGAGUUCUUGUUGGUGUCAUUGACAGAUUCAUUCCCAGUGGAGCCACAACCAAUGUUCUCAACAAACUUUCCCAUUGAAAACCGAGAAUCAUUUGGCGUCUUGCAAGAUCUCGGUGCCGCUCGACAAUAUCUUAAUGGUGGUGACGGAUCGCGCUUGGCCGACUUUCACUUUUUGGCAUACCUUGCCAAAACUGGGAUCCUCGGUGCAAACGAAUGGCGAGCCCUCAUCAAGUAUAUUAAAAACAAAGACGACCGGGAUUAUCUUGAGUUGGUGGAGAGUCCAGGGUGGAUGACGUUUAUGACCAUUCUUGAGCAAUCCUCGUGA